AUUAAUUAAGAUAUAUAUUUCUCUUCUUUAUUAAAGUAUACAAUGUUUCAAAUUUUUUACAUGAAGUAGACUCGUAAGAAAUGAUGGCGGAGUAAAAAAUGGCAAAAAGUGUGAAUGCUAACGAGUUUUUUCAAACUCGUAGUCCUGAUAAAACUGAAAGAAUUAAAAAAAUGUUUGAAAAAUUAAUUAAGAUAAAUGAAGUGAAUAUCAAAAGCCAGCAACGAGCAGAGGCAGAUCUUACAGAUGCUGAAAAGUUGAAAAUACUUCAAGAUAUUUUUGAGGAGAACCCACGCUUAUUUUUUAUCCGUUUUGGUAAAUGGGUGUCAUUUGAGGAUCUUACUUGCUUUGAUCCAAUGGUAGGAAGUGAGAUGGAAUAUGCCAUUACCACAUUGAGGAAGAGAUUUCAUGCUACAUCCAGUGAUGUCUGUGUAAAAAAUAGACGCUUUGAAGCAUUAAAAAGAUGAAAAAAGUCGAAUUAUUUUAGCGAGGAGGAAAUGCAACAAAGAUGCCCACUCUUGUACAAACAGUAUGUUGGUCAAUAUAUGACAGAAGAGGAACAAUUGAAACAAGAUGAUAUCAGAAUGAAAGAUGAAGUUAGAAUGUCAUCCUUCAUAUUUCAACAGAUUGACCGUGAUUGGUUGAAAAGUAAAGAAGAAGAAGAACAAGAGAUGGAGGAUUGUGUUGAAGAAGAAGAAGAAGAUGAAAGUGAUGAUGGUAUUGAAUAUGAAGGAAGACUUGGAAAUAAAGUUGACACUACAGAACAUGGAUUACCACAGUCAGUAAGUGAAAGGGAUAAACUAAAACUACGAGAGGAAUUCCUAGAAAUUAUGAAACAAAGAUUUCUAGAAGGCCUGGAUGAAGACUUUGAUUACUCAAAGGUUGAUGCCAAUGAGGAAUAUGAUAAUCUAAUAAUACUUGGUCAAGAUGAAGAGGAAAAAUAUUUUGAUGAUGAAGAACCUGUGACAGUCAUUACAGAUGUCACUAUCAAGGAUGGAAUAAAGGAAAGCUGGUCAGCAGACAGUGAUGAUGAUUACUUAAGUGACAAGAUUUUGGAAAAAUGUUGCACAGCACGAUGAAAUACUUACAUAACUGCAAUCUUUGGCAGUCAAUAUUAAAGCCAGGUAAAUAAGAAACUUAUUGAUAAAUUUGUUUUCCAAACAGCAAUUACUUCUUAAAGGAUAUACUACAAAUAUAUUUUAAAUGUCUUUCAUGUCAUGUUAUGACCCCCACUUUAUUGUUCACUGUGCAGAUUUAAUAGAAAUAUAAAAUAUAUUUGACAGGAUAGACCUAAACUUAAUUUGAUGCAGGCGGUAAUUGAACUAGCAUGUUUGGAUCUUCUGGUUCAGGUGUCAACCACUCUUUUGGAAGACAGUUGUAGAUCCAAGGUAAACGAGAGCCAAGAUUUGCUAUUCUGUUUAUCCAUGCUGGUAUAUCUUUUCCACAUAGUAACUGUAAAAAAUAUAAUCAUUGAUUACUUCAAAAAAUCAAUAUACAUUACUUUUUAAGUUACAUACUUGGCAAUUGAUUUUUUGAAAAAUAAACUUCACAGUAACAUAUAAAAUGCAACAUUGUGGGGGAAACUGGAAAAGUCAUGUGAAAUCAACUGUAAAACACUUCUAUGUAUGAUAGACCAGCGUACCUUGGCAAACUCAGAUGAAAAAUGAUUACAGUUUCUUAAAAGAAAGAAGUUUAUUAAGUAACUGUUGAAUUUGUUUA